AGAUGCUAAAUAAAUAAAGAACCAAAAAAAAAGGAAAAAUAGCCGAUACUCAACGCGAUCAAUCAAUAAUUAUGAGAGAAAUGAAAUGAUACAUAAAAAACGAAAGAUAAUUACAAAGAGAGAGAAAUAGUGAUCGACAUUUGGAAUCCCGUACAUUCCUAAUUUUAUGUUCAAAGCCGCAAUUAGCCACCAUGAAAGGCGUCUCCUCGGCGCCAGGUGAUUAUAUUUACUUCAAGUCUCAGAUUCCUCUCCACAAGAUCCCUAUUGGGACGAAGCAAUGGCGAUAUUAUGAUUUUGGUCCUAAAGUGGUUCCACCACUUAUUUGCCUUCCUGGAAUAGCAGGGACUGCAGAUGUUUACUACAAACAGAUCAUGUCAUUGUCCAUGAAGGGUUAUCGGGUGAUUUCUGUUGAUAUCCCACGUGUAUGGAAUCAUCACGAGUGGAUCCAAACAUUUGAAAAAUUUCUGGAUGUAAUUGACGUUCAUCACAUUCAUCUUUAUGGCACAUCUCUUGGAGGCUUCUUAGCGCAACUUUUUGCACAGCAUCGUCCUAGACGAGUGAGAUCAUUGAUACUGUCAAACACAUUCUUGGACACACGUAGUUUUGCCGCUGCGAUGCCAUGGUCUCCUGUUGUUAGCUGGACCCCUUCGUUUUUGCUGAAAAGAUAUGUGUUAACUGGAAUUCGCGAUGGUCCUCAUGAACCAUUUAUUGCAGAUUCUGUGGACUUUGUUGUUUCUCAGGUUGAGACGCUAUCAAGAGAAGACUUGGCCUCCAGGUUGACUCUGAACGUUGAUGCUGCGUCAGUUGGACCUCUUCUACUUUCAGAUUCGUAUAUAACUAUAAUGGAUACAAAUGAUUACUGUGCAAUUCCUCAACAUCUGAAAGAACAGCUAAGUGAAAGAUAUCCUGAGGCAAGGCAAGCUUACUUGAAAACAGGAGGUGAUUUCCCAUUUCUCUCUCGCCCAGAUGAAGUGAACUUGCAUCUUCAGCUACACCUGCGCCGUGUUGGAGUUGAAGCUCGAACAGACUUGGUGCGUGGCAUUCCGAAGGAUGGCACUGGUGGCAGUCACAGUGAAAAGGACACGAGAGAAGAUCCAGAUGAUCAACCUAAAGAUAGUGGAAACUCUGAAGGGCAAUCUAGUGAAAGUCAGUUACCUCCUGCUUCAGAAAGUUCAGACUUGCAUACCCACAACCAGCUCCUUAAUACUGCAAAAAUUUGCCCCAUAAAUCAGGAAGAUACUAUGCACAUUUCUCAAUCAUUGAAGAACAAACACAUCAUUACUGAAAGCCUUUUGCAAUCUACUUCGGAGAUCUUUCUUCCAUUCUUACUGUCCUCUUGUGUGCAAUUGUUGUACAAUAUGACCAAGUUGUUAGAAACUCAGGCAACUAAUGUAAAAUAGGCACUUGCACAUGACUGUUCAUUAGUUUGUGCCAAGUUUCCACAAGCUUUAGUUGCAAAUUGACUCCUGGAGGAAGCUAAUGUUUUGGCUGAGAACCAGUUUUUUCUGACAUUGUUGUACAUUUGUACAUUUGGCAUUCAAAAUUUUGUCGUAGUUUAAAUGGUUCAGUAAAAUUUGUGCCUCAGAAA